AUGAGGUUGAUUAUUGCUUGUGUAACCAUCCUCGGAAUGGCUAGAGCUGCCUUGGCAAUGUCACCAUUUUGCACUAAUUGCAAACCAACGUCACCAGUCUGUGGGAGCGACUGGAAGACGUACAGCAGUGAAUGCAGCUUGAAAUGCGAAAACCUUUACAACUUGAACCCUCCAGUGGUUAUAUAUAAUGGCCCGUGUGAAGAUCUACUCCCGAAACCGGACCCCAAUCCCUACCAACCCUGCAAUCUGCUAGAUAUUUACAACCCAUGCGUAUUGAUGGGUGCUCAUAAAUCACACUAG